UGCAAGAAACAAAGACAAAGGAAAGCAGACCCAAAACGCAAAGGCUGGUAACAAGACCUUUUCAGCUGAGCUUUUUUUCACUUCCUCAUAUAUUCUCAAAUUGCUUUCAUGUAUUCAUUAUGAAUUAAUACAGAAGACACAUAUAUUCAUACAUAUUCCUGAACCCCCCCACUAAAUAUCUUUCACUCUUGAAGAAAGCUCAAACCCUUCCAUCAAAAACACCUAUUCCUUCCUUUUUAUCUAUCUUGGUUUCAAAGAAGAGUGAUGGAGCAAGCACCUUAUUGGAUGUGGACGAAGAGGAAACAAGUCUUGCAGUCACAUUUUCCACCUUCAAUGAAUUCUUUUAACAGCAGCUCAUGGGAAGAGAAGGCUUUUGCAGAAGACUCAGCUGGGACUCUUGGUGGAUGUGUAUGGCCUCCAAGAUCUUAUACUUGCAGUUUUUGUAAUAGAGAAUUCAGGUCUGCACAAGCUCUAGGUGGUCACAUGAAUGUUCAUAGAAGGGAUAGAGCUAGGCUCAAACAAUCUCUUAGCCCCUCCAAUAAACCCCUCCAUAAGUCAUUGGAAGGUCAGUUUUCAACUGAGAUUAACAGCAAGUUGAGUCACAAUCUGGUCUCUAAAUAUUGCCCUAGUGAACAAACUUUUAAGUCUGCUUAUUCGUGUUCUAGUAGUGCUCAAUCUUGGUCAAAUCCUUUGGGGGUUGGACUUUUGAGUAUCUCAGAAUCAAAUCCUGAAGUGGGAAAGAAUCAAAUAAGGGAUCAAGAAGAUUCUGUCGGUCUAGGUUGUGAUGAUGAUUAUGUUGAAACUGACUUGUCUGUGGGCAUGAAUUCGUUUGUUAGCCAAAAUAGACCAACUGGGUCUUGUGGGGAUGAGGCAGCUAGUUGCAAGAAACCUAGGACUGCUGUUUCUUCACUGUCUUUUGUUCUCAAGCCAUUUUCAGAUGAUAGAUACCAUCUUCAAUCAGAGGUUUUUGAAGUGCUUAACCCUAGCACCAUGGAAGGCUUGGAUCUUGAGCUCAGGCUUGGUGAUACACCUAAUGUGAAGUGAGUGCAAUUUUAUUAUGGGCCUAAUUAAUCAAGUGAAUGAUGAGAGAAUCUUUGAUCUUUGUUUCUCUUUCCUUUGAUCUUUUCAUACCUCAUGUUGAUCUUAUAGCUAACAGGCAGAGGUACUAUAUAUAUUGAGAAUCUUGAAUGAAAUCAUGAAAAGCUUAAUUUUUUUCAAUGAUUUUGACAUGAUUGUAAUUUCCAUUAAUGCAUCUGAUU